AUGGAUAGGUCGCGCGUCGACACCGAGCACGCUGCCCAGACGUGCCCGCCAUCUGCUCCUCCACCCGACGACGUCGAGCACGCCCUCGUCCUCGCCGUCGCCCGCGUCGCCGCCAACUGCGCCCGCACGCUUACGGCGGGCCCUGCGUCAUCGGUCACAGCCCAGGAUCUGGUGGCGCGCUCCCAUCUCCGUGGGCCUCACUUCGGGAAGUUGCCUAUAGGCGGCAUCUCAGCGCGAGCACGGGCGACGGAUCCCCUGCGCACCGGGCAGCUGACUCGCUCAAGCGGUGAGUGUCCCUCGUCUAAUCUGGGCCCGUCGGCACUCUCCCACCCCCGCUGCCGCUACGGAACGCUGAUGCUGCCCUCCUUCACCGUCACCGGCAGCUGA